AUGUACUACUGGGUUCAUACCCCAUUUAUAAAGGUUUUAAUCCUUUUCUUUUUAAUUUUUAAUAAUUCUUCAAAAAUUUUAUUUACUGCAAUAAUAAUUAUUGGAACUUUAAUUACAGUAACUGCAAAUUCUUGGUUAGGAGCUUGAAUAGGUUUAGAAAUUAAUUUACUAUCUUUUAUCCCCCUUAUAAGAGAUAGAAAUAAUUUAAAAUCUACUGAAGCUUCAUUAAAAUAUUUUUUAACCCAAGCUUUAGCUUCUACAGUUUUAUUGUUUUCUGUUAUUUUAUUAAUAUUAAAAAAUAACAUAAAUUACGAAAUUAGUAAUUCUUUUAUUUCUAUAAUUAUUACAUCAACUUUAUUGUUAAAAAGAGGGUCAGCUCCGUUUCAUUUUUGAUUUCCAAAUUUAAUAGACGGAUUAACGUGAAUAAAUGCUUUACUAUUAAUAACUUGACAAAAAAUUGCACCUUUAAUAUUAAUUUCUUAUUUAAAUACAAAAAAUAUUUUAUUAAUUAGAGUAAUUUUGUCAGUCAUUGUAGGGGCUAUUGGUGGUUUAAACCAAACAUCCCUACGAAAAUUAAUAGCUUAUUCUUCUAUUAACCAUUUAGGAUGAAUAUUAAGAGCAUUAAUAUUAAAUGAAUCUGUUUGAUUAAUUUAUUUUUUAUUUUAUUCUUUGCUAUCAUUUACAUUAAUUUUUAUAUUUAAUAUUUUUAAACUAUUUCAUUUAAAUCAGUUAUUUUCUUGGUAUUCCUGUAAUAAAAUUUUAAAAUUUGUUUUAUUCACAAAUUUUUUAUCUUUAGGAGGAUUACCCCCAUUUUUAGGAUUUUUGCCAAAAUGAAUUGUAAUUCAACAACUAACUUUUUGUAAUCAAUAUUUUCAAUUAUUAAUUUUAUUAGUAACAACAUUAAUUACACUAUUUUUUUAUCUACGAAUAUGUUACUCAGCAUUUAUACUAAAUUAUUACGAAAUCGUUUGAAUAAAUAAUUCACAAGUAAACAAUUUUACUUUAAAUUUAUUUAUAUUACUAUCAUUUUUUUCAAUUUUUGGUUUAAUUUUUAUUUCAAUAUUUUUUGCUAUAUUUUAAAUUAAGGCUUUAAGUUAAAUAAACUCAUAGCCUUCAAAGCUGUAAAUAUAGGUAUACCCUUUAAGCCUUAGUAAAUUUUACACCUUCAAAAUUGCAGUUUGAUAUCAUUAUUGACUAUAAGACCAUAAUAAUUUUGAUUAAGAAGAAUAACUCUUAUAAAUAGAUUUACAAUCUAUCGCCUAAACUUCAGCCACUUAAUCGCGACAAUGGUUAUUCUCAACAAAUCACAAAGAUAUUGGAACUUUAUAUUUUAUUUUCGGAGCUUGAGCUGGAAUAGUGGGAACUUCUUUAAGAAUUUUAAUUCGUGCUGAAUUAGGUCAUCCAGGUGCACUAAUUGGAGAUGAUCAAAUUUAUAAUGUAAUUGUCACAGCACACGCUUUUGUAAUAAUUUUUUUUAUAGUAAUACCUAUUAUAAUUGGGGGAUUUGGAAAUUGACUAGUACCUUUAAUACUUGGGGCCCCUGAUAUGGCAUUCCCUCGAAUAAAUAAUAUAAGAUUUUGACUUUUACCCCCAGCUUUAACUUUAUUAUUAGUAAGCAGUAUAGUUGAAAACGGAGCUGGAACAGGGUGAACUGUCUACCCUCCGCUAUCUUCAGGUAUUGCCCACGGAGGAGCCUCAGUAGAUUUAGCAAUUUUUUCUUUACAUUUAGCAGGGAUUUCUUCUAUUUUAGGUGCCGUAAAUUUUAUUACAACAGUAAUUAACAUACGAUCAACUGGAAUUACUCUUGACCGUAUGCCUUUAUUUGUGUGAUCUGUUGUAAUUACAGCUUUAUUACUACUGUUAUCAUUACCUGUCUUAGCCGGGGCUAUUACAAUAUUAUUAACAGACCGAAAUUUAAAUACUUCAUUUUUUGACCCCGCAGGAGGGGGAGACCCAAUUCUUUACCAACAUUUAUUUUGAUUUUUUGGGCACCCAGAAGUAUAUAUUUUGAUUUUACCAGGAUUUGGAAUAAUUUCUCAUAUUAUUAGUCAAGAAUCAGGUAAAAAGGAAACAUUUGGUUCUUUAGGAAUAAUUUAUGCUAUACUAGCAAUUGGUUUAUUAGGAUUUAUUGUAUGAGCUCACCAUAUAUUUACAGUUGGAAUAGAUGUAGACACACGAGCUUAUUUUACAUCAGCAACAAUAAUUAUUGCCGUACCUACCGGGAUUAAAAUUUUUAGUUGAUUAGCUACUCUUCACGGAACUCAACUUACAUAUUCCCCAGCUAUUUUAUGAGCAUUAGGAUUUGUAUUUUUAUUUACAGUUGGUGGAUUAACUGGAGUAGUUUUAGCUAAUUCUUCUGUUGAUAUUAUUUUACAUGACACUUAUUAUGUAGUAGCUCAUUUUCACUAUGUUUUAUCAAUAGGAGCAGUUUUCGCGAUUAUAGCAGGGUUUAUUCAUUGAUACCCAUUAUUUACAGGAUUAACUCUAAAUUCUAAAUGAUUAAAAAGUCAAUUUAUUAUUAUAUUUAUUGGUGUAAAUUUAACAUUUUUCCCUCAACAUUUUUUAGGAUUAGCAGGAAUGCCUCGACGAUACUCAGAUUACCCUGAUGCUUAUACAACAUGAAAUGUAAUUUCUACUAUUGGUUCAUCAAUUUCAUUAUUAGGAAUUUUAUUCUUUUUUUACAUUAUCUGGGAAAGUUUAGUAUCUCAACGCCAAGUUAUUUAUCCAAUUCAAUUAAAUUCAUCAAUUGAAUGAUACCAAAACACUCCCCCCGCUGAACACAGAUACUCUGAAUUACCUUUAUUAACUAAUUAAUUUA